AACUGCAGUGGUGGUUUCAGGCUGCAGGAGCUGGAGCUGCACAAGUGUGUGUGGGAGGAGAAAGGGGAGAAGGUGGAGGAGCGGUGGAGAGCCUGGGAGAAGGAGCAAAAACAGAGCCAGACUCAGAUCCAGGAGGCCAAGAAGGUGGCUGUGGUGAACUGGUGGAAAGCUCGCAGUGUAGAGGGGGCUAAGGCCCGGACAAAAGACACCCAGUCAGGCCAGGAGACCCGUGAAACACAAGUUAACCUCCAGCAAGCCGAGCAGACGAUCACUGAUAUGAGGGAGCAGGUUUGCCUCCUGCAAACCUCUCUAAGAUCUGCACAGGAGUGUGUCGCGGAGAAAAAGAACAGCGGUCUUCAUAUCGACAAGGGAACCAACACAGAGAGAAACGAACCCGACGGAGAUGUGAAGAAGGAUCAGAGGGAUGCAGCGGUCGCUACGGAUAUUACAAGUGGAGCCUCAGAGCAGGAGCAAACCCAGCUUCGGGUGACUGCAGACGGCCUCCUGGAGACCCUCGGAAGGAUGGAGGCGAUGGUUAACAGCGCUCUGGAGACCACUGAGCUGGUGAGAGAGAGCGAGCAGAGGGUGAGCCAGGUGAAAGUGAGGAUGGAGAGCAUCACUCUGAAGGUGGAGGAGGCUCUGGUACGAGCAGCCGACACUGACGAGCAGCUGAAUGUUCUGGAGGCCAGGAUCACAGAAAAAGAUCAAACUCAGUCUCCGUGUCCCAGUCUGCCAGCUGAUCCAGGCACAGACGUCACAGGCUCUACGGCUGAGUCCGAUGUGGAGCCUGAAGAGGGAGACGGUCUUCCUCCAUCUCCUGUCAUUCCAGAAGUCGGUGAGACUCCACAGCUGCCUAUGAAUGGUGGCACCGGAGGAGCCAGCUGCAGCAAGCUCCAGGAGGAGGAGGAGGAGGAGCAACACUUCCCGCAGAGAUCUCCUCCUGAGCAAAGUGAUCACAACUCCGAGGAGUCCUGUGCUGAGUCCUGUGCUGAGUCCUGUGCUGAGUCCUUCCUGCGACGUUGA